AUGGCUCCUCAAAUCCUCACCUCGAUCUACCCGCCUCUGCCCAAGGCAAGCUACUCGAAUAUCUUCGACUAUGUCAGCUCCGAAUCCGAGUCGUCGCUCGCCGACAAGGUGCAGUUCGUUCGCCAGGACGGCAAACAGUUCACUGUAUCGGACUGCGAAUCGCGCGGCUCGAUGACGGGCACAAUGGGCACAGGGGUGCGAGGCGACUAG